GAAUCGUCGUCGUUCCCAAAAUGGACGCUGCUUAUCGUGCGCCGCUCUGCUUAUCGUGCGCCUCUCCCAUGGCGACGCACCUCGUCGCCCCUCCCCUUCGCCUCCGCGUCGAAGCUCACCUCCAUCUCCAUCUCCAUAACCCCUUCCUCUUCUGCUCCCGUGGAUCCGAUCGGUGGUGCGCGCGAUCGCGCUCGACCCUCUCCUCGCUCUCCCUCGCGAGGAGGCGGCGGAGGCGGAGGCAAAUCGCGGGGAAUGGGAGGUUCCUCUGCGUCUUCUCCGAUGGGCCUGAAGCAAUUACUGCAUGCAACUGGAACAAAUACGUUCUCUGCAGCGACGUCCCAGUUCUCGUGGAGUUUUGGGCCUCAUGGUGUGGGCCUUGUAAAAUGACCCACCGCGUUUUCAAUGAGAUUUCUCAAGAAUAUUCGGGAAAAGUGAUGUGUUAUACGCUUGACACUGACGAUUAUCCGCAAAUCGCAACUUCUUACAGCGUCGAGCGUAUCCCGACGGUUUUGCUGUUCAAGGAUGGGGAGAAGGUCGGAAGCAUAACCGGCACCCUUCCCAAAUCUGUGUAUGUAAAAGCGAUCGAGAAAUCAUUAUCCUAGCCGGGCUUGGAAAAUAUUGAAGGUAAAAUUGAACUUUACUGGAUAUUUAUUUUUGUAUAUGAUUUUCCCCCCUUGUAUUUUACUAAUUGGAUUCUGAAACAUUCGAAAUGAAUGACAAGUUGUUGAUGUAUUCAUUUCGGUUUCGAUCCUGUAAGUGUAGAACAGUUAUUGAAAGCUCAGAUAGUAUAUUUGUAUGAAAGAAAAAUGCUAUGCCUUCCGAAUCGUA